AUGCUCAUUAAAGACAUGAACAAUGAUGUUGAAAAUGGAGAUGGCGAUGGGUUGAAUACAGAAGUUCUGAAUGGUAAUGAAGGUGAAUACACACACAUGGAAGAUGAUAGUGAAAAACUGGCUUCUAUAGCUGUUACUUCAUCUAUAAAGAUCUCCGAAGUCAAUCAGGACAGUGUGGAUAAACUCGACCAACUCAAGAUGGCUGCUUCAGACUCCCUGGACACAAGUGGCAUCACCAGCCAACUGUCAACACCUGUUCUCAACCAGGACAUCCUGAGCCAGGAAGGGCUCCUGAGCCCUAUUAUCCUCAACAACCAGAAACUAGCCAAGGAUAGAGAAGAGCUACUGAUGCUUCUCCUGGGUGGCAGUCUAUCAUUUGGUAUCAGAAAUGACCUCCUGGAGGCAGCAGGGAUCAAGGCUGUGGAAGGCCUGAUCUGCAAGGGCUCCCUGGGUGGCCUUUGUGGUCAUGGGAGUCUCUCUGGCAUGAAUAAUGUUCUGAAGAACAUGAAUUCUGGGCAACUCAAUAACUGGCUCAAUGUCACCCAAUUUGAUAUUGUCCGGUUGUCAUGGAAUGUCUUUGCUUCAUCUCGUCUCGAACUUAAACUUCAGACCAAGUUGACUAUCAACUUUUCAGGGAUGCUCUCAUUUCUCAGUGGCUCUACAGUGGAUGUGGACAUUGUGAUCCCCUUGGGUUUGCAACAGAUUGAGACUGGCCAAGUCUCAUUUUCUGUGAAGAGCUGCAAGGCAAUAUUCAGUGGGAUCCAAGUGAAUACAGGCAUGUUCUCCACAAUGAUGGAAUCGAUGAUGAAAUGGUCCUUGAAUAUGUCCUUGAACAACAUAUUGUGCCCAGUGGUCAGAUUCUGGUUCUACAUCAUCAACCAACAGUUGACCAUUCUGAAAAAUAUUGCCUCACUGAAGAUGUUGGGGGACAACAACUUGCCUAGUACCCCACAGCCCAUUUUGUUCCAACGGUCUUAUCACAUGGACUUUAAGAACAAAAACUUCCCAGCCUCUUUCAUCAAUUGGCUGAUUAAAGACAAAAGGAAGGAUAACUGAGGCUCAAGCCCAGGUCUUCUUCAGAAGUCAGAAGCUGGAGGAAGCGUGAAGGAUGCCCUGUUGUGUCCUAGUAGAGUGUGUAACCAAAAGUUUUCUCCUCGCCCACCGGUACCCAGAUAACCAGUCAGAGGCUUUUGCUUCGGUUCCCCCACAGUACCUCAAUGGCUUGGGUAUAAAGUAGGACUCCUUUAUCAUUCUCUGGCUCUCUGACUCUGCCCUGAGGGAAAUGCACUGUGGCAGCCCAGAGACCACACCCUGCACUGAAGAGGCAACCUAAGUCUCUGGAGUCUCCCCACCUGCACAAAGCCGCCAGAGCUUUUCUUUUGAGGAAAGCAGAGUCAUGCUUGGUCAGCAGAUGACAACAUUGGUUUUUCCAAACUUCUCUUGUCAGCGCUCUCUUUGUAAGUGACUGCCGACACCUCGCUGGCCUGAGGGAGACUCCUGAAGCCAGACAACUGGGCGAGGACAGAGAAGGGGCAAGUGGAGUCAGCCUCAAGGUCUCCAAGCCCAGACAUGAAGGCUCAAGUGGAAGUCAAGGCCUGCAGCACAGCCAGCACGCAGGGAUCUUCCAGGAGAGGCUCCUGGGAACCGCUCUACCAUGACAUAUUUUCUUCCUGCAGGUCACACUUGACGAGACUUUGCUCAGGCGCAUCUGUCAUGGUGUCCUGCACAUUUUAAUAAAGUGUCACGCUGUGAACAGAAAGUCAAACAAAGCAAGUCCCCUCCCCGGUGUGCUGCUGCUAAGGAAUAUAGCAGGAAUAGGCUCAAGUGUCUCUCAGUUCAGGAAGAAUAAAGGUCACCCUGGACUUGUG